AUGUUUGGUGCCGAUCCCCGUGACACGACGCUAACAACUUCGGCCGCCGCCUCGUUUCCCUCCUCGCCCUCUGCCUCGUCCUCGCAAGUGUCGCCGCGCGUGCCCCAGACUCGCUUCAACUUCGAAUACCAGUAUCCGCUGCGCAAGAGGGCCUUGACUUCCCACUCCGCUCUCGCCGCCGUCGACGCUUCCCCGCCGUCGCUCCCCGAGCCCGACCCCGUUGCGGCGUCUGCUGCUGCGUCCCCCAUCACCACCCCAACCCCCCAGCGCACGCCGCUGUACGACCGCCACCGCCGCUCGGUCCCCAGCUUCAACUUCUCCCAGCCUCACCGUCGCCCGGCGGCCGUCUCCUCGCAACCUCCGUCGCCCCGGUUGGCCCGCGAGGAGGAUAGCGACUCCGCGAUCCCCCUGGAUGCGACCGGCUCGACCGUCCGCGUGCUGAGUCCCAAUGCGACGAAGCGUCGGAAACAGUCGUUCAACGCCCAUCAAACGCCCCCGAAUGUAAAGAGGAGAAUGCCCUCAUCCACCGUGUCUUACCUUCAGGGGAGAGCGCCCACCGAAGAGCGCGCCCAUCGCGCCGUCAAUGGAAACGGAAAUGGAAAUGGCCUCGACAAGUAUGGCUCGGAGGACGGGGCCAGAACCCCCAUCGCGGACGACUCCCGGCUGAAAAACGAGGAUAUUUUCCUGAAUAUUGCGAGGUCGGACUCGACUCGUCGCGAAUCGUUCGGCCGCUCAGACCUCAGACGGUCGCGAUUUAGGAUGUCGGGGAAUGGUCUUCGUACCCCAGCCUCGCAUGCUAACGAGCCAACCCCGUCCCCCGAUCAAUUAUUACGAUCGAGCACCUACGCCGGCCCCUUGCAUUCCAACAAUGGGUCCCCUUCUGGCCCAUCCGGCCCUCGAGCGUACUCCUAUUCGGUCUCCGAGCACCCGCUCGAGGACCAUUCCAGGUCCCAUCAUUCGGGCUACGUUGCCAGCUCGAGGACCGCCAUCGGCCUGCCGCGCAGCCGACUCAGCAACGUUGGUAUCGACAGCUCGCCUCAGUAUCCCGAGUCGAACGGCGAGAGGCGAGCGUCGUUCCAGGAUUCUCGGGCGUUUCGCAAUUCGACGCUGUCGACCAUCCGUAGCAGUAGGCAGACCUCCACCUCGGAAGCGACCGAGCGAGCGCGAAUCGAGUCCGAUCGAACGCGACAGGACGGCACGGAGUCGACGCUGUCGACAACGGCCCCGUCCACCGUGUGGGACGAAUUGGAAGACCUCAAAUCGCGGAUCCGCAAGCUGGAAUUGACCGGCAAGCUGCCGCCGUCGUCACAAGAGGCAAUUUCCUCGGCCUCCGCAGACCGACCACGAACCGCAACCACCACCGUGACCACAGUCUCGUCUUCCCCAAAUCAUGGCCGUCAGACGAGUAACCCGUCGGCCGAAUCCGACACCAUCACAGUCCCCAACCCAGUCCACCCGCUUCUACAAUCGGCAAUGGCGAAGGCGAAGACUGUCCUGAGCAAGGACGUGUAUACGACUCUCGAUGUCACCGUGACCGAUGCACUCGCCCUAUCGAACAUUCUUCAUUCCAACAAGGCGCCAUCGAGCGGCGCGUCCGGUGUCAAUGGCUAUGGCUCGUCUGAUAGACAGUCCCGGCGUAAGGCUGACAGCGUCUGCCGAAGCCUGACGGAGCUCUGUCUGGCCCUGUCGGACGAGCAGCUUCGCCGACAGCAAGCCGCAGACCACGCGAAAGGAGCCCAACCGAAUGGCACGGCCGAAGAAAGCGCGCCUACACCCAUGCCGUCGCAGCAACCGAGUACCACCACUCAUGAGCCAGAAGGACUGGCCCGACGACAGAGCACUCGUCUCACAAGCCGCCUGGAAGCCCGCCGCGCCAGUCUGGCGAACCCCAACGCCAGUCCCUCCGGCGAGAACAGCAGCUCCGUGAACCGCACCAGCGACUCCACGCUCGAUGCCAAACAGGCCCAAUCCCCCGGUUCCUCCGCCCCCCUGGGCCGACUCAAUCGACUCUCGACCUCGCUGCGCAUGCGCCGGGUGCAAACCGAAGACGAAAACGCUCCUGCAUCCGCCAACACCAACUCCCCCGUCGUUGGCCGGUCAAUAUCCCGAAGCAUGACCGAGAUCGCCAACCCAGCAGCCGCCACCCAUCGAUCCCCUCGCCAGCGCAUCUCCUACGGCUACACAUCAUCCCAGGCUCCUCCCGAUCCCACGCCAGAUCGCUUCUCAUCCCAAUCUCAAUCUCAAUCCCAAUCGCAACUGCCUCAACCUCGCACCCCCACCGUCUCCCAGUCCGGCAUCCCCCUCCGCCGCAGCCUCAUGACCCCAACCAACUACCCCCCGGCCACGCCGCGCUCCAACAUCCAAGCCGGAUCGCGCCGCUACGGCCUCUCCUCCGCCGCCACCUCCUUCGACAGCACGCCCGACGACGCGUCCGCCGCGCCCGAAUCCUCUUCUUUCCCCGCCGCCUCAUCCUCCUCUACCAACCACACCCCCCUCCCCAACAGCCACAAUACCCGCAUCGUCGCCCCCUCCAGCAAACUCGCCGGCAGUUACACGCCCAUCGCGCAGAACCGCCUCCGAACAAAUAGCCUGGGGACGCGACGGUUCGGCCUGCGUCCGCCGCGCGCAAUGGCCGCCGCCGCUGCCGACGGCGCUGUAAAUCUAGAUGAUAGCAUUGAUUGA